GUAAAAUCAACUUCCAUCUCUUCACGCGCCUUCUUUGUCUCUAAUUCCUUUACCCCUUGUUUUUUUAUUCUCUCUCUCUAAAUGCCCCUCAUUUGUCUUUUUAUUUCCAAAUUUGACCCUCUAGAACCGUCAUCCUUCAUCUUCAGAGAUGUUGAUGUCUAGGGCUUUGUCACGCGUUUCAAAGAGCGUUGGUGCACGCUCCUUGCUUCUCUCUGCUCUGCAGAAGCUUCAAACGCCAAGCUUUCCCACUCAGUUUCACUCUCUUGUUUGUCAAUCUUCGAAUAAGUUGGUUACAAACGAUGUGUUUCUGCUGCAUCAUUCAAGCCUUAAUUUCUCUGCAUUCCAACAAUAUGGAAUCUCUUCGACUGCCUCGCCGCCUGAGCCUCCGAAAAGGGAGCAUGAGAAUUCUGCACAAAGUAAUGGUGAAGAGCCUGCAGGGCCAAGUGGGGGUACAAAUCCUGGAGGGGCUGAAGUUACCGAUCAAGCAAAAGAAUCAGAUUCAAGUUCAGAUUCUGAUUCCGAGAGUGAUGGUGACUUAUCAAUGGCUGAUAUGAUCAAACUUGUGGAGGAAAAAGAUGGACUCUUGGAGGAAAAACAAAAGGAGAUUGAACAAAUGAAGGACAAAGUUGUUCGAACCCUUGCAGAAAUGGAGAAUGUUAUGGCCAGAACACGACGUGAAGCAGACAACUCAAAAAAGUUUGCUGUACAGAAUUUUGCGAAGGACCUAUUAGAUGUUGCAGACAAUUUAGAAAGGGCUUCUGCCCAUGUUAAAGGCAGUUUCUCUAAGAUCGACGAAUCCAAUGAUACUGCCGGAGCUGUACCACUCCUUAAGACACUCCUCGAAGGAGUUGAAAUGACUGAGAAACAGCUUGGAGAGGUGUUUAGAAAGUACGGGAUCGAAAAAUUCGACCCUACAAGUGAACCAUUUGAUCCAAACAUGCACAAUGCAGUAUUCCAAGUUCCUGAUAACUCCAAGCCUCCGGGCACUGUUGCUCAUGUGUUGAAGGCAGGAUACAUGCUCUACAAUCGAGUUAUUCGACCAGCGGAGGUCGGUGUUACUCAAGCACUGGAUCCUGAUGCAGACAAGAAUAACACAAGUAACAAAGACUCUGAUGCUUGAUGAUAAACAUGGUAAAGUUUCCAUGGGCAAAUUUUCAAAAACUUUGCCUAUGUCAUAAGAAUUUAUAUAUCAUAAUGAGGUUUUCACUUAUGUUAAAGAUUCAUCUUUGAAAAUUUGUUUCCUUAUCAAAAUUUUUGGCCUUCAAUAUCUUGUUUCACUGCCUAAUAAAAGAUGUCACAAUAGGCUAAGCCUUUAUGUAAUACUUCUGCCUUAAAGCGUAAUCCACAUGAUGAAAGGAGAUAUAUAUAUCAAAUCUAGGGGUUCUAUUCUAUGUAUAAUAGCUACAAUGACAAGGUCUGAUAAGUUGCAAACGACUGCUAAGGCUUGAAUAUACACCACACACUGAUUAUACGAUCAAGCAUAUGUAUGUACCUACUACUAUAUGGAGUGACCAAAUAUACGGAUUCUUUUCAGCACAUGAACCCUAUCCCUUGAACUAAUUACAAGUCAACCGAUUGCCCAAAAUCCCGUUGAGCUUGCUGGCUUCACCUGAUCCACCUUCUCGCCAACAGAAUUGUGGCUGCCGUCAUGGCCUUU